AUGGAACCUAAGGUAUUACUUCGUCGUUUCGUUUCAAUCGCAGGUUUAUUAAUAUCAUCACUAUAUGCAGCUAUAUUUUUAAUGAUCCCAGUCAUCAUUAUCGAACCAUUUUUUAAAAAAUUAGCAUUUACACUCCACUAUAAAAUAGCAUCAAUUUGGUUUAGAUUAGUAUUAUUUGUUUUUGAAGUUGUAAACAAUAUUGAAAUUAGAUUUUAUGGUGAUGAUAUUCCAGAAGGUGAAUCAAUGAUUAUGAUGAUGAAUCAUCCAUCAGAAGUAGAUUGGUUAUUCUCAUUUUCAGUUGCUUAUAGAAAGAAAGCUUUAUCAAAAAUUAAAGUUAUAUUAAAAAAUGAAGUUAGAUUAGUUCCAGGUGUUGGAUGGGGAUGUGAUAAUUUAGAUUAUAUUUACCUCUCAAGAGAUUGGAAUUUUGAUGAAAAGCAUAUGGAAUACAAAUUAAAUAAAUAUAUCGAAAAUGAUUUUAAACCAUGGUUAGUAAUUUUCCCAGAAGGAACUGAUAUUGAUGAAGAAAAGUUAAAGAAGAGUCAUGCAUUCGCUGAAAAGAAUGGUUAUCCAAAAUUCAAUAAUGUCCUUUUACCAAGACAUAAAGGUUUACAUGCAUGUGUUGAACCAUUAAGAAAUACCAUUGAUAGUGUAUACGAUGUCACCAUUGGUUAUGAAAGCAAGCCAACUAUUUUAUCCUGUGUCUCUGGUUCAAAUCCAAAGGUUGUUAACAUGCACUUUAAACGUUAUUCCCUCAAUGAAGUACCAUCUAAUGAAGAUGAUCUUCAAAAAUGGUUAUUCAAAAUCUAUGCCGAAAAAGAUAAAAUGUUACAAGAUUUAAAGGAAAAUGGACAAUAUUCAAUGCCAUACACUAAAACAAAAUUCGAACCAUCAUUUUUAUUAACAGCUUUAGCAUGGUUUUACUAUUUAAUUAUUCCAGCAACCCAUCUUUUAAUUAGAUCAAACUUUGUUAAAUUAUAUUUUGUUGCAUCUAUCAUCUAUUAUAUUUUAAAUUCAAAAGUAGAAAUCCUUAGAAAGCUUAGAGGUCUUCAAAAUAGUGUUUAUAUACCAAAACCAAAACAACAUUAA